AUGGCGUUCCCAAGCCCCUCAUAUUCCUCGCUCCUGCUGCUCGUGGCUGCCGCUGCCGCUGCACUCGCCAUCGACCAUUUCUAUCGCCGCCAGCCGUGGAUCCGACGCACCAAGGACAUGCCUGAGUCCAUCACUCCGCGCCUCGCUGCCCUCUGCCACAGCUCACGGUCCGUGAGCUCCCUCCUCGCUGAAGACCCGACUCUGGCCCCCGACGAAGCUGCAAAACGGCUCUACUCGACCCAUGUAGUCAGUGUCCUGGACACCACUCCGCCAAAGAACCGUCGUGUCGCCACCUCGGAGGAACUUGACCGUGCCCUCGGCUGUGGCAAGUUUGGAACCGUAAAACCCAGUGAACUGUUCCUGAGAAUCUGGCACGAUGCUCUGUGUACGCUGGACCAUGACCCGCUCCAUGGCGUCGUCAGUCCGCCGUUGAUGGGCAGCUCUGGCAUACUGCCGCUUACCGUCAUCAGCGCCUUGCCCGAUAUUUGCCGUCACAUGGCCAACCUCAUUGCCAGAGCUAAGCACGAGGUCAUCCUGGCAACCAAUUACUGGAAGGAAUCUGAUGCUAGCCGUCUCAUCACGGACUCGCUAAUAGAGCUUUCGAAGAGGGCUGGAAGGCGAAAUCAAAAGGCCGUGGUCAAGAUCAUCUACGACCGCGGGAGCCCGAAGCAAGUUUUCAACAAUCACCUCGACGUCAGCGAGGCCGAGCGCACAGCCAAGGGCAUCGGCAUACCAUCUUCCGAAGAUAUCCCAAACAUCGACAUCGAAGUCAUCAACUACCACCGCCCAGUGCUCGGUACCUUUCACGCGAAGUUCAUGGUCGUCGACAGGAAAAUUGGCGUCGUGUGCAGCAACAAUAUCCAAGACAAUGACAACCUCGAAAUGAUGACCCACCUAGAGGGCCCAAUCGUCGAUUCUCUCUACGACAUGGCCUUGCUGACAUGGCACGACGCACUCAAACCUCCGUUGCCUCUUUUGACCAUCAGCGAAGCUCAAAGCGAGGCAAACGGAACCUUUGAUUCGCCCUUUCUGGAGAUUUCAAAGCAAACACCAGCCACCCGUACCGAUCUCAUUACUCGUGCGAGAGAUAGUGGUGUGUCUCUGCCGGAGAAUGAACCGGGUGAUCCUCAUUAUGAUGAUGAUCUAGCUUCGGAACUACUUCGAAUGCAAGCCGUGCUGACUCCAGUGAAUGGCGAAAGCGUCAUGGGUCUUGUCACAAAACACCUGAACGAGGCGACGAGGCAGAAGCUCGAAGGCACUGCCCCCGAAUGCGCACCCGAAGACACCAUGACGCCAUACAUUCCACAUUCCCGACACGAACCUUUUCCAAUUGCCCUUGUAAACCGCAAACCCUGGGGUGCCCUGAACCACUCUUCCGUUUAUACGCCACAGAAUGAGGCCUGGCUGUCUGCCAUUCGAAAUGCACAGUCGAAUAUUUUCAUUCAAUCGCCUGACAUCAAUGCGGAGCCUCUCAUUCCAGCGCUCUUGAGUGCCGUUAGACGACAGAUUCAAGUCACUGUGUACGCCUGUCUCGGCUACAAUGACCUGGGGGAGCUGCUGCCUUUCCAAGGUGGUACGAACGAGAUGAUCUCCCACAAAAUGUACCAGCAACUCGAGCCGGAACAGCGAAAGCUUCUCCACGUGCACUGGUAUGUUGGAAAAGACCAGACGAUGCCACUGCAUAAUAAUUUCAAGCAGAGGAGCUGUCACAUCAAGUUAAUGAUAGUCGACAACCACAUUGGCAUUCAAGGAAGUGGCAACCAGGACACCCAAUCGUGGUACCACUCCCAGGAGGUGAACAUAUUACUCGACUCGCCGGAGAUCUGCGCGGACUGGGCGGCCGGCCUUCGGAGGAACCAAAACACGCACAUCUACGGCGCCGUGUCGCAAGAAGACGGCAUAUGGAGGGACAAGGACGGAAACGAAGCAAAGGGUGCCAUAGGAAUAAAUCCCGGACACAUGUCUUGGGCCAAAGGUGUCAUGGGGGCAGUGAAACGCGUCCAAGGAGACGGCGGUUUCUGA